CCGAUCUGGCAGUCUGGACGCCACCAUCCACCCUUUACCCUUCCCUACACACCAUCGCACACCCUACAAUGGCCAAUCGUGUGGUUCCGAAGAUGGCCGAGGUCACUCCUGGCGCUAUUGUAAACAUUGUCCUAAAAGCAGAUCAGCGCACAGGCCGCGAAGUGAGUGGGACCGUUCGCGAUGUCUUGACGCGGGGUGACCAUUAUCGCGGUAUUAAAGUCCGACUUACGGAUGGUCGGAUUGGACGAGUCCAGAGCAUGGCGUCCGUUUCCUCUGCUUCAUCAUCGAGUCCUGGAAACACGACAUUCAGGCCACCCCUUGAUGAUCAAUCGCUCGCAGAUAGCGAGUUAGUCAAUUCAGUUAAUAAUAAUGUCUCGCAUCCACGUGGACGUCGCCCGCGUUAUCGGGACGCGCGACUAGAGGAACCCCUCGCCGUCGCACCAGAGCAGGCUGACCUAAGCGCAUACAUCGUUCCCGCGAAACGCAAGGGCAAAGGUAGAAACGGCACAAAAGGGUCUAGCCAAACAGACGGCUCGGCCCGAGGUCAACAAGCCUCGGGAAGUAAUGAUCUAGAUUCAACCGUCGCGGAUGUCACAUCAGCCACUGCGACUUGUCCAGUGUGCGGUGAAUUCGAAGGAGACGAGACGGCUGUAGCCCACCAUGUCGCGACGCACUUUGAAUAAGCUGGACAAUUAGCAUACAUUAUAACUACAAUGUCGAUGAAUUGAAAAUAGCGAAAACUCCACAGCCAGCGAGUGGAGUUGUGCUAAUUGCCUUGUUCGGUCGCAAUUGAGCAAAUUCCGUAUGGCUGAAUUUUCCAAUUUUUAUCUCGCAACUCGUCUUUGCAGAAACCGCCAAGAAGACCACUUUUUCACGAUGGAUCCUACAUUGACUGUAUA